UGAAGUUGUGAAGUGCAGCUUUACCGUUGCCAACUAUAUAUUCAGACCCACCCUUUUCACUUUCCUUCAUCUUCAUGUUCAUUCUUCUCUUCUCUCUUUCCCAAGGAACCUAACACACUUUCAAUUCAUCCAAAAACCCUGUAACCAUGUCUUUUCCUCUAACAAUCUUUCUUCCAAACUCCUUGUAAAAUCCCCACUCUCACCUUAGCAUUAUCAAACAAACUCCCAACUCCCCUGUUUUUUGUUUUUCCUCUGUUUUUCACAUUUUCACUGUUGAGUGUUGACACGCACAAAUGUCUUCCUCUAGUGUCUGCCAAGGGUUGCAAUCUUGUCUCGAACCCUGCGUGAUGGAGCCACGUGUACUCAGUCUCAAACUCGCACUACAACAAGGUUCCAAUUUUCCUCAACCCUCUCCCACCACUGCCAACAACACCAACACAAACUCAGUUUCUGGCUCCGAAGAAAAACCAGUCACCAACCAUGAAUGUGACAAGGGCCACGCAGAAUCGAAAGAGGGUAGCGGCUGGAGUAUCCUUCGAACUCUCUCACAAUCUUCCGACUGUCACAACAAAACAGAGGACUCUGUCUACGUCCACCCCACGGUUAAACGCUCCUCCUCAAUUCUCAGUGACAAAAGCUUGGAAAUGUGCACCGAAAGCCUUGGCAGCGAGACCGGUAGCAAUGCCGGCGACAGCACCGAUGAUAUCUCCUUGUUCUCUUUUGACGCCACCGUAUAUACUACUCUUACUACUACUACUACUACUGAUGUUACAACUACCGUUGGAAGCUGUGAGUCCAAAAGAGUGAACCGGGCUUGCAACUUUCCACCGCCGCUUACCACGAUCACUGAUUUGGGUGGCGUUCAAGUCCGGCCACGUCGCGAAGGAGGAAGGCUGAUAUUGGAAGCUGUGGCUUCUUCUUCUCCUUGUUCUUAUUUUCGGGCUGAGCGUGAAGAUGGUAGGCUCAGGCUGUGUUUGUUUGAGAAAUUUUCCAACAGUGAAGAUGAAGUUUGUGAUGUUGAGGAAGGUGUUGAAGAGAAAGAAGAAGAAGAAGAAGAAAAUGAAAAAAGCAGAGAAGUGUGUGAUGAUAAUGAUAGCGGGGCAGAGGAGGAGUGUGUUGAGAACGUGGAUGAAGAGAUGGGAGUGACGAAGUUCUCGAGACCAAGCAGUUGCAAGGAAAGUGGGAAAAGAGAGAUUUUUUGUGAUGGCUUGGCUAGUUUGAACUUCCCUCUCUUUCUCUCUGUUUCUGAAUAGAAUUUCGUUUAGUGCUAUUAUCCAUUCUCUCUCUCUCUCUCUCUCUCUCUCUCUCUCUCUCUCUCGUUUCAUUUUCCAUUUAGGAUUGGAAGAAGAUCGGUGCUUCAUGUUUCAGAAUGUCCUAAUGCUAGUUAGUUAUUAUAGUUAUUAGUUAUAUUGGACAUCGUCCUUCUGUGGUGCUUGUUUCUUUUCUCUUUAUUAAUUUUUAUUAUAGGUUCAGUGUUGCUGUUUUCUUUUCUUUUCUUUUGUUUUGUAUAUUUAUUUGGCUUUUCCUGUUCCUAGAAUGCCCCGAAAGCAUAUUAUUCGUUGACAGCAAAAUUACAAAGUGUGAUUAAGCAUUGCAGACGCCAGAAAAAGAAAAUGGAAAGAAAAGUUAGUGAUGCAAUGGGGUAUGCAGA